CCCCUUUCCCCAAAUAGCUGCUAUGCAAAGGACGGGUAGCCCCACCAGCACGCAGCAGCAUGCCGGGAUGGCCAGGAGCAUGGCGCUGCUCCUCUGGGCCCAAGCCCUUGGCCUCACUGGCUCCCAGCCCAGCCAGCUCACGCUGGACCCCCCCUGGACACCGGUGUUCACAUCAGAGAAGGUGAUGCUGAGGUGCCAGGGCUCCGGUGCACCCGGUCCCACCAAGUGGUACAUCGGCCAGCGGCUCCAGCAGCAGAUAACAUCCAACUACAUCUACGUCUCCAAAAACUACCUCGGGAGCGGCAGCUACCGGUGCUGCAGCCCCGGCGCCGAGCUCAGCCCCCCCAUCACUCUGAGAUUCUCAGAUGAAUGGCUGGUGCUGCAGGUGCCGGCGCGGGUGCUGCUGGAGGGGGACACGGUGCCACUGCGCUGCCGGGCCUGGGACGACAUUAAGAUCACCCGGGUGCAGUUCUUCCGUGAGCAGGAGGCGCUGGGGGGGCCCUCCCGGGGGACCGAGCUGCUCCUGUCCCCCCUGCAGCUGCAGCACGGCGGGCGCUACCGCUGCCGCGCCAUCGUGAACAAGUUGUUUGUGCAGGGGCAGGAGUCGGCAUUGGUGCCGGUGGUGGUGCAAGAACUCUUCUCGGUGCCGGUGCUGCACCUGAAGGGCCCGGCCAAGCCCCCCGAGGGAGCCCCCCUGGCCCUGGGCUGCCUCAGCCAGCCCAGCCCCCUGCGGCCCCUCGCCCACCUCCAGCACGUCUUCUACCGGGACGAGGUGGUGGUGGGGGGACCCCAGGACUCCCCCCAGCUCCAGCUGCCGGCCGUGGGGCUGUCCGACUCGGGGAACUACUCCUGCGAGGUGCGGACGGAGACGGCCAGCGUGCGGAAACACAGCGCCCUGGUCACCGUCACGGUGCGCAGGGUCCCGGUCUCGGGGGUGUUCCUGGUGGCGCAGCCCCCCAAGGGGCAGGUGGUGGAGGGCGACCGCCUGGUGCUGCGCUGCAUGGUGGGCGCGGGGACCGGGCCCCUCUCCUUCUCCUGGCACCGGCACGGCUUGGCCCGGCCGCUGGCCACGGGCCCCCGCUACGAGCUCCACGCCGUGCAGCCCCAGGACAGCGGCCGCUACCACUGCACGGCCACCAACGGCGGCACCGCGGCCGACAGCCUGCCGCUGUGGGUCACCGUCCUGGUGCCGGUGGCCAACGCCACCAUCACGAUGGCGAGGACGGAGCCGUCGGUGCCGGCGGGCGAGAGCCUCAACCUGACCUGUUCGGUGGAGGCGGGCACCGCGCCGGUGACCUUCACCUGGCUGCGGGACGGGCAGCAGCUGGGCUCAGGGCCUGUCCUGUCCCUGGGGGCCGUGGGGCCGACCCACGCCGGGACCUACCAGUGCCUGGCCACCAACCACCUCGGCACCCACCGCAUCUUCCAGGUGCGCAGUCCGGUGCUGACCCUCUCGGUGACGCAGCCAAGACAGGAACGGUGGCAGCAGGGCACAGCCGUGGCCGCGGGACUCAGCGUGUCCCUCCUGCUCCUGCUCCUGCUCGCUGCCACCGUGGGCUGGCACCUCUGCCGCCGGCACCGUGCGGCCGCUGGGAAGAGCUGGGACAGGGACCCCGCUGCCCCCCCAGAGCCCGAGGGUCACCAGCCGGAGCCCAGAGCCCCCCCCGGGGCAGCGGGGGACGAGGAGGUGCUGUACACCCACGUCGUGGUUACCGAGAGGGGCGGCGCCACGUCCCGGUCCCGUCCCGCACCCCCGCAGGAGCCGACCGUCGUCUACGCGGUGCUGCCGGCUCCCCACGUGCGACUGCGGCUCCCGAGUGACACCUACGAGAACGUCCCGUGACACCCGCGGGGCACCGGCGUGGGAGGGGCACGGGGGGGGGGGGGGUGUCACUGGGGACGCCACCUCUGCGCUGGUGCCCGCUGGCGUGUGUGUGUGUGUGUGUCCCCCUCGGGCAAACCCCCGCACGCA